AUGUUAAGUGGUCUUUAUCGUCAUUUACCCACACCUAUCCGUCGUUAUCGUUCCUAUGUAAAAUGUUUUCUAAUUAUAAUCAUUAUGUAUAUGUUUUGUAAUAUUGUUGGAAUUGGACGAACAAAAAAUUUUGAACAAGAAUAUGGUAAAUCUAUUAAAUAUGUUGAUAUAUUUGAAAUAGCUGAAACUGAUCAACAUAUUGGUGGACCCUAUAUAAAUCAAUUACCAAAUACAUUUAUAAUUAGUAAUGAAAAAUUAUGUUCAAAACCACCCUAUCUUCUUAUUAUGGUUAAAUCAGCAAUUGGAAAUUAUCUAGCACGAAAAGCAAUAAGAUUAACAUGGGGUAGUCAUUUGAAUAAAUAUAAAAAAUCUAUUAAAUUAGCAUUUGUACUAGGAACACAUUCACAUAAUUCAACAAUUGAAAAAGAAUCUGCUGAAUAUCAAGAUAUUAUUCAAAUUGAUAAAACAGAUUAUUAUUAUUACAAUUCAUGUAGAUUGACAUUGAACGGGUGUCCCAGAAUAAAUGAGCCUCUUAGUAUUUUGCUUAUAAUUUGGUUUGAAUUUGUUUCUGAGACUCGAUAUUUUUUUUAAAAGAUGCGCUAGGAAAUACUCUACAAAAUCAUACCUAAACUCUAAUUUCAGAACUUCAAUCAAAAAAACUAAACCAUUUAGAUGAAAGUCGAAAAAACUGAAAAUUUUCUAAAAUCAAAAAUGAUUUCUUGUGUUAACGUUUUGAAAGUAAGAAAAACUGAAUUAGCCAUUUUGUAGCCCUGACUGCGCUCUAUUUUUUAGCUAUACUUCAAAAUUUUUCACAUCAAAAGCCACGGCGAAAUAAUAGUUUUUCUAUCAGUUGUCAUGGAUUUUUUCAUUAAUUUUUUAAAUUUUGAGUCUAGUAGUGCUUUGAGUGAAAGUCCCAUAACUCUGUUCGAGUAAAAGUUUUUUCGAUCGGGUUUGUUUGUUUUGAUCAGAAAUGAUUGCUCUUCUCUAUCUAACUGUAAAACCAAAACUUCAAUGACGUUUUCCGUGUCUUGCUUGAGCACAUUGUUGGAAACGGGAAGGUUGUCAAUUUUUGUAACUUCGUUCUCCAGCAUCCCAUCUGCUCUAAAAUAUUUUUUUUAUAGACCAUGAGAAAGAGCACAUUUUUGAAAGUACGAAACACAAACUGAAUGCUCACUAGGGUUGUGACAAUUACCAGUUACAGUUACCACCGUUACUCGGUAACGGUAACUGUUGAACAGUUGUCGUUCUUGGUAAUGGUAAUUACCGUUACCAAGAACGACAACUUGGACAAUAUCCAACUUCCUAAGCAAAAUUUGCUGCGGACAGGCUUUCAACUGUAUAAUUCAGUUUGACCGAAAAUAUUUCUGCAGAAAAAUUAAAAAGCUAUAUAUCAUUCGGCGUAGUUUUUCACGGUGAUUCCGAAUAUGGCAUUAUUUGUACGAAAAAGUGCUUUGGUGAGAGAGAAAAAUGUGAAAUACGCGAAAACCCCUUGGGAUUUUGGAAAAUCCAUAAAACCUCCUUGGA